AUGUCAGCGGUGGCGCCCGCAGCUUCAGCGGGUGGCGGGCCAGCCCCGCCGGGCAGCAACGGGCCCAUAGUGCCGUCGCCCGUCUUCGCUCUGCCGACCCUGUCGUUCACGGUGGGCCAGGUGGCGACGGUCUGCGAGACCCUCGAGGAGUCCGGUGACAUCGAGCGGCUGGCCCGCUUCCUCUGGAGCCUGCCCGUGGCCCAUCCGAAUGUGCGCGAGCUCAACGGCAGCGAGGCCGUGCUCAGGGCCCGGGCCAUCGUCGCCUUCCACUCGGGCAACUAUCGCGAGCUCUACACCAUCCUCGAGCACCACAAGUUCACCAAGGACUCGCACGGCAAGCUGCAGGCCAUGUGGCUCGAGGCCCACUACCAGGAGGCGGAGAAGCUCAGGGGUAGGCCUCUCGGGCCCGUCGACAAAUACCGCGUGCGCAAGAAGUACCCCCUGCCCCGGACCAUUUGGGACGGCGAGCAGAAGACGCACUGCUUCAAGGAGCGCACGAGGUCGCUGCUGCGCGAGUGGUACCUGCAAGACCCCUAUCCGAAUCCGGGCAAAAAGCGCGAGUUGGCCAACGCGACCGGACUGACGCCCACGCAAGUUGGCAACUGGUUCAAGAACAGACGCCAAAGGGACCGAGCAGCCGCUGCCAAGAACAGGCAGCAGCACCAGCAAUCGGGCAACGGCAACGGCAGCGUCAGACGAGGCCUGAGCCCCGGCCCAGGCUCCGACACCGACGACUCGGACAUAUCGCUCGGUGGCACGUCGCCGCAAUCGCCGAGCAGUUCGCCGCCGCCGUCGCAUCAUCAACAGACGUCGCCCAUCGGCUCGCUGGGCGGCAUCGGGCCCAUUCGCACGCCCUCGCUCAACUUCCGCUUCGAUCCGAGCCACAGCUUCCGUUUCGGGCCGACGCCGAGUUUCAAGUUUCCCGGCACCGGAUUCCUCUUCGAGCCGCACAGUCCGCAGCACAGCAGCCAUCAUCCCGUCGGCUCCGGAGGCAUAUUCAGACUGACCGAGACGAGUCCCUUCCAAGCCGUUGGACCGCGAGGAGAUCUCGGCUCGAGGUUUGACCCAUAUUACAGAUUACCGGAUCCACUUGGGCUCGCACCGCCGCCGCGUCUGUACGCGCACGACACGCUUCUUCACCAUCCGCACCCACAACUGGCCGAGAGCAUCUCGCGGCUAUCGGACACGCAGACGCGGCUCUCGUCCGACGGCGGCCUGUCCUCGGACGCGCACUCGCCGCCCCUGGUGGCCACAAAUCUCAGCGUCUCGGCGGGCAGCGGAAGCGGUCCUCUGCACGUGGCCGUCCCGUCGCCGCACACGCCCUCGUCGAGGGGCAGUCCGCCCUCGAAUUUGACGCCGGCGACGAGAUCGACCUCGACGCCACCUCCACCGCCGCCUCCGCCAGCGUCCACGACCACGACGACGUCCUCGGCGCCGACGAGCAAUCCGAAGCCACCACAGAUCCACCGUCCUUUCUCACCGGCGUGAUACGAACGCGACUGCAGCGAGAUCAAGCUGGCCGAGAACCAAGAGCCGCCCGCGAGAUAAUCGCCAUCGUCGUCGACGGCUCGUCCUUUUGCAAUUCCAAAGCUGCACGUGACUGCAUGAUCGAGCGAUGCGGAUUAUAAAUAUGUAAAUUAUGCAUUAUUAAUUUUAUUUUAUAAUUGUUGAACGAAAAGCGACGGAUCAGUAGUUAUAAAUGUUUACGCGUGUGUAAGAUUUUUCAGACCUUUGACGUUUCGCUUCAAAAAGAAAUAUAACAAAAAAAAAACAAACGAAAAACAACCAACGAUGCUCGUAUGGAAUAGAAUUAGUUUGAGGCAAAUUGCAAAAUAUAUAAUUUUAUUAGGCAUAACUGAAAAUUGCGUACACACGUAUGCGACACACGGGGCAAUGUAAAGAGAGUCGUUUUAAUGAUUAAAGUUAUACAUAUUAUAAAUAUAUACAUAUUAUAUAUUAAAGUAAACAAAACGAAUAAAUGCGUAUCAAUAAGUAAAAUCUCAGUCGAUAUGUUUUUAGUAAUUAUAUAAAAAAAAUCUCAUAAUAAUAACGAAACUAAACUAAAAUUUAACGCACAUCGCAUUAAAAAGGCACGAUAAGUCAGUGGGCCUGAAUAAAAAACGUUUGUUAAUGAGCUUAAAUAAAACCACGCACAAACUGCUCGAUUUACGAUUCAGAAUGUGCAUUCCACAAUUAAAUUAUGAUACGUAUCAAAAGAUAGUCCUUCAGUUUGGGCAAAGCUCUUUCCUACGCAUUAAAAGGAUUAUAUGGUAUAUGAUUCUAUGUACUGAAUUUUCAAUAAUAGAUUACUUAUUCGUGUAAGAGACCUAUAUUAACUCAUUUAGCACUCGCUAAAUUAUCGAGCCAGUAUUGAAGGAAGCGCGGCCGUAAGCGAGGCAACUCGCAAGAGGCUGCGGCGAAUAUAAAUAUUAUUAUAAAUAAAGUUAGCCUCGCGAAAAUCGCGUUGGCAAAGAGUCUCGGUCGUGCUCCGGGGGAGCGCAGCUAGUGUGCAGUAGCAAUUUCUGCGCGAAUGUGAUGAGAAUUAUCAAACGAGUAAUCAUAAAUAUAAGUCGUCGACUUUUUCUCGAAACUCUUUUGCUCUAAAUCUCCUUCUCCUUCCUCCUCUUUCUAUUUCUCCUCCUCCUUCUAUUUCUCUUCUUCAUUACCUCUUUUGUAGAUAGAAGCGCAUUGAUAUUGCUCCAAAAAGCGAACUAGAGCCGAUAUCUCGUUUCGCAGCUCCACUAUACCUUUUUCGAAUUAAAAAUACGAAUUAUUAUUUAUAAAUAUAACGCAAUUAUAAAUAUUAUAAAUAGGAAUAUGUGUAUGUAAAACCUCUAUGUGAUGCGAAUUAUUACGAUUAUGAUUGACAUGAUGCCGUUGAAAAUUUUUUUUGUUCGUUCGAUGAAUUAUGUAAGAGAGAUUUUAUUUGUUUUCAAGUGUAUUACGCGAUUGUUUGAUGAUUUUCGAAUAUGAAUCUGAUGACGAAUUUUUAACAGUAUUGUUCACGUGCGUGUGUGGAAAUGAUCCAAUUGUGGUAGAACAAAAAAUAU